AUGAUCUUCGUCGACUUUGCUCGACAGAAUCCUGCCCUCCUUCUCACUCUCCUCGUCAGCUUUUCGGUCUACUCUCUCGUCCAUCAUUAUCGCAGCCCGUUGCGGAAGGUUCCUCCUGGACCCAGAGGAUGGCCACUCAUUGGAAAUGCUCUCGAUUUGGGCGGGCCGCAGCUUUGGCUCAAGUUGACUGAGUGGCGGGAGACGUAUGGUGAUAUCAUAUACCUCAACGCGGCAGGCCAGCCCGUCGUUAUCCUCAACUCUCCCAAAGCAGCGGCAGGCCUUCUCGAUAAGCGGGCAGGGAACACCUCUAAUCGCCCACGCAAUAUCGUCGGAUCUGAGAUGCUGACCGGGGGACUUUUCAUGCCCCUUAAGUCUCCCAGUGACGUAUGGAGACGCAUGCGUCACGCUACUCACGAGGAACUUUCGAAAUCAUCCUCCACUGCCUACCAACCCAGCCAAAUGGCAGAAUCCGUCUCUCUUGCUCUGGACCUUCUCCGUUCUCCAUCGCAGUGGCUUCUAAAUAUACAGCGCGCCAAUGGAGCCUUCAUCAUCAAUCUCCUCUUUGGUUCCAAUCCAGACACAUCGGACAUUGACACCAGAAUUGCUGCGAUCAACGAUUUCACGAAGAGGUUGACCAUUGCAUUGUUGCCUGGAUCACAUUUGGUUGAAUUCUUCCCUUGGAUGAAGUAUAUACCUGCUAGAUUUGCAGAAUGGAAGCGAGCGGCGCUCAAUUCGUUCAAGACUGACUCAGUCACAUUCGAAAGAAUGACGGCUCCUGUAUAUGCCGGCCUCGCAAGGGGUGAGGAACCUUCCAGCCUCUUGGGUCGCAUCUCCAAGGACCCAGGCCGGUAUAACCUGUCUUUAGGCGAGAGUUCCUGGAUCGCUGUGGCGAUGUAUGCCGCAGGCGCAGAAACAACCACUAGCAUCAUGGCAUGGUGGAUGCAAGCCAUGGUUCUCCAUCCUGAUGCCCAAGUUCGCGCCCAAGCAGAGUUGGAUGCUGUAGUGGGAAGAGCUCGUGUUCCUACGUUCACGGACUACGAGCAUUUACCGUAUAUCAGGGCUAUGGCUAAGGAGGCACUUCGAUGGAGGCCAGUAGUUCCACUCGGCGUCCCCCAUGCUUCCAGAGCAGAUGACUACUACGAAGGCCACUUCAUUCCCGCGAACUCCUUGAUCAUCGCCAAUGUAUGGCUUCUCAACAGAGACCCAGGCGUCUGGGGUCCGGAUGCUAUGGAAUUCAAGCCGGAGAGACAUCUAGACGAUCACGAGAAGAGAGUAGGUCCGCAGGAGGCGAAGGAGGAGGGCCACUUCACGUAUGGGUUUGGGAGGAGGGUUUGCGUAGGGAAACACGUCGCAAAUGUACGUAUAACACCCGUGGUUUUGACCAUCUCGAGCGGCGGGCUGAUCCGUUUCGGCGUGAUGCGUUGCAGAAUUCACUGUUUAUCGAGAUGGCGAUGA